AGUGAAUUACCAGAAUCAACCAGUAGCGCUGCCUCAUGGAAUCCAUGCUUGCCAUGCACAUAAGACCCACCCUCGUUGUUUGCUUGCUACCAGGAAGGAACAAGUAGAGCAAGCAUCAGACAAAACGCAAAGAAGCCUCACAGUAACGAGCUAUGUCUCCCGAAUUCCUUGCGACGCCUAUCAUUGAGGAAGCUAUGACUUCUGAUUCUGAAGUCCCUGCAAUGCCGGCUCAUGAAGAAGCUCAGGACCCAACUCAAACCGAAAAGUCAGCUCCGAAGCAAGAAUUUGUAGGCCACGAGGACUAUGUUUGGGCUUUUGUCUUCUUGCACGACAAUAUCCACAUCGUGAGUGGCUCGUGGGACGGCACGAUGCGCAAGUGGGACUGCGACACGGGACUUCUUGUUGGACAACCAUGGACAGGCAAGGGAGGUUGCAUACAUGCAUUAGCACUUUCACCGGACGGAAAGACAGUUGCGUGUGGAAGGAUGGACGGAAGCGUUCAGCGGUGGGACACCGACAGUGGAAAGAUGAUUGAAGACGUUUGGACGGGACAUAGCCGGGAAGUAAGGUCACUGUCGUGGUCACCCAACGGAGACCAUAUUGCAAGUGGGUCCAGAGAUGGGACAAUCCUAAUCCGAAAACUAGACAGCGGACAAACCGAGAUGGGCCCGAUCAAGACGGGGCAGCGUUGGGUGAAUGUUCUGGUGUAUUCACCUUCAGGUGACAAAAUCGCAUCAGGCGGGUUGAAUGAGACGAUCUGCAUUUGGGAUACAAAAACAGGCGAGCUCGUUCUCGGCCCCAUCGAAGAACUGGGGGCCAGUGUCACGUCGUUGUUGUGGUCGUCGGAAAGCAAGAAAGUUUACGCCGCUUCAGACAAAUUUGUGCGUGUUUUCGAUAGUAACUCAGGUAUCGAACUUCAUCGCUUCGAGCACGACGAUUUGGUGAAUUCUAUCGCGCUUUCACCCAAACACAAUGUACUGGCCUGCGUGGGCCAGCCAGGUGUUGCACAACUAUGGGACACAGAGUCCUAUGAACCAUUACUCCGUCAGCCAUUCAUUGACCGCCAAACUCUUCGCUGCGUAGCAUUCUCUCGAGAUGGGAGAUACCUAGCAAGUAGCGGACUUGACAAGAAACUCACCCUGUGGGUGGUAAAAGACAUGGUCCCUGAGCUUACAUCACCACCACCAUCUUGCCUUGACGUCGAUGUUACAAAUCCUCAAUCAAGUAGCGAUGUGUUCACCGACGGGGAGUCAGAUACUUCAUACGGUGAUUGCUUUCAGACUGACCAGCCCUAUCAUCCUUCAGCACCACCUUCAGGACCCUAUCGUCGUUCCCGGAAUCACAAUCUAUCCCCCACUCAACGCUUCUGGAAUACUAUUACUGUCCCUUCUCGACGCCACUUGCCAGCAAAUGAGUCUACAGCGCUGCAACCACGUCCCAAGCACAGUUUCUUUGCACAAUACACUGGCCCGCAGCCCGUAACAGUCGCAGUUGGAGGAAACAAAAGUAGGAUCUACGUAGGGCGUCUGCCUGUGAAGACUAGCACUCAAACUGGUCAGUCAUCCUCAACGAUAACUCAGCCUACAGCGCAGCCACUUUCGAUGUCACGGCCUCAGACUCAGACUCAGGUGCAGACGACAAAACAACAACCUACUCCAGAAGAAAACUACGGUUGCUGGAGCAAUUUUUGCCUCGCAUUCUGGUGCAUCCGCCGCGCUCGUCCUGUUGUUCCCACUGCUGCUCAGCUUGCUGCCUCGUAAUGUUACUUUACCAAAGAUGUUUCGAUGUUUGCUAUAUCUCAUUUGUACCGCAUCAUUCCUGAUUGCGUGUUUUAUCGAUCUAAUUGCUUGUACGGGUCUAUAUUGUUCUUUCUCUGCGUACAUCAGGUUUCCUGCUGUUUCUCGCAUGCGUGUCUGACAUCUGGUGACGCUCGUUUUAUUAUAAACAAUAUCAAGUGGAUGCUCUCC